GGAGGACCACAUGCAAGUCAUAAUUGCGUUCUCAAUUGUAAUCCUUCUACGACUGAGUUCUCUCCUUAUAAAACGUCAUCAGAAAAGAUCUUAUAUUCACAUCAAAACACCCUCCAACGACAUCACAACCAAUAACAAAUAUCAUGAACGGCGCAUCGUCCUUGCUAGCUCCCAUCGCUAAGAGAUUAGCAGGCAAGGUUGCCUUAAUAACCGGAGGUGCAAGUGGAAUUGGUGAGAGUACAGCAAGACUAUUCACUGAACAUGGUGCUAAGGUCAUCAUUGCUGACAUCCAAGACGAGCUUGGUUUCUCAGUUUGCCAAGACAAAAGUAUCAAUGGUGACAUUUCCUACAUCCACUGCGAUGUCACUAGCGAGUCUGAUGUCGAGAAUGCUGUUAAUACUGCAGUGUCAAAGCAUGGGAAACUCGACAUAAUGUUCAACAACGCAGGCCUUACUGGCCAAAUAGAUGAAAACAUCUUAGCCAUCGAGAAGAAGGAAUACAAGAGACUUUUUGAUGUGAAUGUCUUGGGGUCAUUUCUAGGAGCAAAACACGCGGCCAAAGUAAUGAUUCCAGCGAAAAGGGGCACCAUUCUAUUCACUGCAAGCUCUACAACACAAUCACAUGGAAUGGCCUCUCACACCUACACGGCGUCCAAGCAUGCCGUUGUAGGACUAACAAAGAAUUUAUGUGUUGAGUUGGGGCAGUACGGAAUUAGAGUCAAUUGCAUAUCACCACAUGCUUUGGCCACCCCUUUGCUCCUAAAAUCGAUGGGAAUAGACAAGAGAAAAGUGGAAGAAAUGGUAUGCAAAGCUUCAAAUUUGAAAGGGGUGGUUUUGGAAGCUAGAGAUGUAGCAGAUGCUGCGUUGUUCUUAGCGAGCGAGGAGUCCAAGUAUGUGAGUGGGCUCAACCUAGUCGUGGAUGGGGGUUAUAGCGCAACUAAUAUAGCUUUUCAAGAGAGCAUACAAAAGUUCUUCAAUAAUUAAGAACGAAAAGCAUUAUCGUUAUCUUUUCUCCAAGCAUAUAUGCAUGUUUUCAGCGUAACCGCGGGUCGCAGUUGUAAUAUUGUUUGUAUGUUGAUAUCUAAAUAUUUUCCCUUGAAAUUAUAAUAAAAUAAUGGGGCCAUGAUGAAUGAUUAAAUUUUUAACUAAUGAACCGAGAUGAAUGAUUAAUGGGGCCAAUGAUGAA